GGUGCCUGCCGCGGAAGCUGCAGUUCUGCCAACAGCAGCGGCCGGAGGCGGAGAGGCGGCCUGGGCGAACGGCAGCCAUGGUGCAGCUGUACAACUUGCACCCUUUCGGCUCGCAGCAAGUGGUGCCCGCCAAGCAGGAGCCGGCGCUCUUCUGCUGCGGCCGAGACACGCUGCUGGUGGCUUGUGCGCCGGGCGCCUGCAAGGUGGAGGUGUUCGCCGCCGGCCGGCCGGAGCUCUGCGAGCCCCUCGGCUCUUUCUGCACCCUGGGGCGGGUGCUGCGCAUGGCGUACAGCGAAGUGGGAGACUACGUGGUCACCGUUGAGGAAAAAAACGAGAGCCUCUUCUUGCGAGCUUAUGUAAACUGGAGAUGCAUGUCAACUGGGAACUCCCGCGUCUGUGUGCGGAUGAUAGGCCAUAACCUGGAGGCAUCCUAUUCUGAAGCGUCUAAGAACCAAAUUACAAUUGUAGAAUUGCCCCUUUCGGACCCCCCAUUGUGCUUUUCCUGUUGUCCAUUAACUGGAGACCUGCUUGUUGGCUGUAAGAAUAAACUGAUCUUGUUCUCCCUGAAACACCUGGUCAGGAGUCAGAAUGUGACUGUGCUGGACUUCGAACGCCUGUUAAUUUUGCACAUUGAUAACAUCACUCCUUCAGAAGUUGCGUUUUGUGCUGGAUAUAUAGCCAUAACAACAGAACUAGAGGUCCUAAUCCUUCACCUGGAAGCUGGUGUGGAAGCAGCAGGCAGCAAUAGACAGCAGGCCUGUGACUCUGUAGACUCUGAAAGGUUGUUCAACAAAGGUGUAAAAGAAGAACCUGAUUCAACUCCUUUUGAGUCGGAUGACUUUGUUAUCUGUCAGCAGCCUGUGGAGCUCUUUGGGGAAGAAAGCAGGCAGUGUGGAAUAUCUGUUACUCUGGAGUCAACGGGCUUAGUCGGUGAAGAGUCAAACUUCCAGACGCAAUAUGUUCUGUACAGACGUUUUGCUCUAGACAUAUCCUCAUUUGCCUUCUCUGGCGACGAUGCCAAGUUGCACUCUCUCCAGCUGCUGCCUGUGUAUGUAACAGAGAAUUCUGCAACAACUGGCGGAGCUGAACCAGCUAAGCGAGAACUGCUGAGUCUGUUCUGCUUUUUUUCUCUGCCUCACAUUGGAUACCUCUACACAGUGGGCAACUUAGUGGAACUGAUUUCCACCUACCAGUAUUCAGAGAGAUCCCAACAGGCGGUACUUACCCCGCAAUUCCUGCAUGUUAUCACAAGCAACAACCUGCAGUGCUUUACUGUGAGAUGCAGCGCAGCAGCAGCUCGUGAUGAAGAUCCAUACAUUGAUACAACGCUAAAAGCUUGCCCCCCUGUUUCCCUGGAUGUCUGUGCCUUGAGGAUGCAGCUGUUUAUAGGGCUGAAAGCUAUUUCUCACUUCAAGAACCACGUCAUAGUUUUGACAAAAGCAGAGACCGAAGACAUUACAGAGAGAAAAAAGCCUUCAAGGAGACUCCUCUCCCGGAAGUCAGAUAGCAUCAAACCCAAGGUUUCUCCAGAAUCUGAACCUGGCUGGAAUUUAUACAUCGUGAACACAACUUCAACUCUGCUGCUUUACAGAGAAAUGGUAGAGUACAGCAAGACCUAUGAAAAUGUAAGAACGGAGAGUUGUAUCCACCUUCUAAGUGAGGCUCACUUAUUAGUCAGAGCAGCACUAAUGGACCCUGAUCUGAAGGAAUCGGCAGAGAAGGAAGACCUCCUAGCAGCAUUACAGGAAAGCUGUGCUCUCCUAGGAGACUGUUACAGCAGGUUUAACACCAAAGACUUCCACCUUGCUCUGCCUUACUACAAGAUGUCUGGUCUGUCCGUGAUGGAUGUUCUGAAGAGAGUAGACCCAACGUUUGAAGAUAAAACGCAUAAGUACGAAAAGGGGAUUAUUUUUUACUUGUAUCAUUCCCUUUGUGAAGACAUAGACGAGGAGCUGAGUGAAGAACUGGCAGCCAAAGUACUCCAUAUAUUCCACCCUGCCGAGUCAAACCAAAUACCCCAGGUCCUCUGCAGCCCUUGCAUGAAAAAAGUGUCUCCUGAGAUAGCAAUCAAAUAUCUGCAGAAAGUAGAAGAGGUUGUGCCGUCUGUUGUGGUGACGCUAACCAAGGCUUCUAUGGCUCUGAAAAUGGGAGACCCCGAUGGAUGUAAAAGUGAGCUGGACAGCUAUGCGGAGAUGAUGCUGGUGUGUGGUUUUAUUGUGGAGCCGAGACUCCUGAGACAGCUAAUUAAAGGGCAAGUUGUCCCGACUGAGCUUGCGGUUUAUCUUAGGGAGACAAGGCCCGGAUUCCUUGUGGCUUCAGUGCUGGCUUUACACGAGAAUAGCAAAAUUGAGCUGGAAGAAGCAGACGCAUACAUCAAGAUGCUGAGUGCUGAGGAGGAAGAUGCCAUCCCUCAGCUCUUAGUGGACUUCUGGGAAGCCCUUCUUGUUGCAUGCAGUCAGAAAGAAGUGGUACAAGAGUUGCAUUUCAAACUUGCUGAGCAGUAUAUUUCACGGCUCUCCAGGAAGCAGUUGCCCAAUACUAAGCCACUGAAAACCACUGAAGACCUGAUAAAUUCCUGUGGUCAUUAUGGACUUAUUUUUCCUUGGGUUACGUUCAUGAUGUCAUUAAUUCCUCCUUCUGACCAGAAUGCUUCUGACGACCUUUCAAAAUUACAGUCUCUCUUAUGUAGUCCAUACUUCAAUAUACCUUCCAUUCUGCCACUGUUGGAGGCCCUUCCAGAAGAGACUCUUCCUGGCCUGAGCAUCCACAUUCUUUGCGAUACUCGGUUAGGGCAGUAUGAGAGAUCCAUUGACAAACUUCUGGAAAGAUGCCCUCAAGCCGUCAUACCCUACGCCCAACAUGAAUUGAAGCAUGAAUGUCGGGCUCUGUGGUGGAACAAACUCCUUCCUGAGCUCUGUAAACGAAUCAGAGAUCCUGGAGACAACUAUUCUGUACUCCUGUCAUCCCUAACAGAAACGUUAUCUGUCAUUGCCAUGGAACUGGAAUUGAGGGACUUCCUUAAUGUUUUACCAGAGGAUGGGAACGCAGCAUUCUUCCUGCCACAUCUGCUUCAGUGCAGCAGAAGGAAACUAGUGACCUAAGCACAAGAAAGAAGGGCUGCGUGAUCUCUGAGAAACGUUUUGCAAGAGAAAGUACUCAAAUGGACAAAAGCUCGCUCUGCAACUAUAAAUUCAAUACUGUAGAU